UGGGUUUCUGUUGAUUUUGAAAGUUACACAAGCAAGAGAGAUGAGGUUUUACAACAAGGACGGUUUCACAACUGUACACACGGCUUCAUGCGGACAUUCUUCACUUACAUCCGCCGGUUAACGUUACACCUGUGGCAACAGAGCUUUCUUUGAAGGAUAACAGAAAAAAAUAUCACAAACAGUAGUCUGGAAAUCAUUUGACAGACUCGUACACGCCUUCUCUCUUUCGUGAAAGAAACACGCUUUCUUCGCGUUUCACAAGCCCUCUUUGAGUGAUGUGGCCUGAAAUGAUUGCGGGUAUACCGGUAUACUAACGUGAUUGUCUCGGUCGUCGCAAAUAGGUCACCUACAGCCAUCUAGGCUCCGGUGCGUUCAUACCGCUUAUAUUGGGGACAAGAAGCGUGACUAGUGAGCUCUUCUUUUAUUUCAGCCAUGGAGUUGAGUUCAGUGAUCUUAACCACCGGGUGCUCCGUCGGAUUUUUCAAACUUGUCAACGUUUUGGUCAAAAAACUGCCCAUGCCUGAAUCUGCCUACAGGAAUGCAUGGAAAUGGAGAAAUAUAUCCACAUCAUUCAUGCACAGUUUUAUCACUGCGAUAUGGGCAGUGCUUUGCUUCUUCCUUCACCCACAGAUGGCUGAAGAUUUGAUAGAAACUCACUCUGUGUUCUCUCACGCUUUGGUGUCUUUUUCGAUCGGUUACUUCAUCAAUGACUUCCUCGAUAUGGUGGUGUACCAGAAGCUGAGUCAGUCCUGGGAGCUUCUGUUUCAUCACAUUGUGGUGAUCACCUGUUUUGGCCUCUCUGCGCUGACUUGCCGCUAUGUGGGUUUUGCUGUGGUGGCUCUGCUGGUAGAGAUAAACUCCGUGUUCCUCCACCUCAGGCAAAUGCUGCGAAUGGCCGGCAAUGCCACAGGCACGCUGUACCGGAUCAACAGCAUCAUCAACCUGGGCACAUACGUGGUGUUCCGUAUCAACACGCUGGCCUGGAUGACCCGCUGGCUGGUGCUCAACAGGGACAAUGUGCCCCUCCUGACCUACACACUGGGCAGCGUGGGAAUGGCCAUCAUGACGACCAUGAACAUCAUCCUGUUUUGUCGUCUACUCAGGAGUGACUUUUUGAAGAGCAGCACUCGGGAGAGCAAGAAAGAGAAGGAGAUAUAGAACUUCAUUACUGUAUGUUAACGACCUGUGGUUGAGAUUUGGUACCGUUUUGCUUGUGUGUGAUAUACUCAAAGCUGGGAGAUGGAGGGAUCUUUUUAUCUCUCAUACUGUACAGGUACAUGAGAACAAGUUGUAAUCAACUAGCCUUACAUCAAAAAACAGAUCACACACAGAUAUUAUGUCACAUUGUGCUGUGGUUUUAACUUUAGGCUUGUGUACAGUACAUGUGUUUGAUUCCAUCAUCUUAAAGUGCCAUCAGUGGCUAUUAGUAGAUGGAGGCCAUUAGUAGAUGGAGGAUUUCUCUUAUGAACGAAGGAAGGCUUUGUAAAAUGACACCAAACGUCUUAUUUCCCACAGGGUGUUUUAGCUAAUUCUGUUCUAAAUGUAGCUUACGGUAAGUGAAGACGCACUGUUUGUAUAACAAAACCUCCAACACAUAUAUACAUAUUUACAUAGGAAACAUGUAAAAAAUAUCUUAAGAAUAACCUUUUAUUUAUAUAUACUAUACCAUUGUGGGUUAUAAAAAAUCUCACGUAACGGAAUCCAAUCCCUCUACCGCUGCAGAGGUGAUUAUAUCUUGUUUUUCCUAACAAAUCUCAACUAAAAAUGGCGUGCUACCUCAAAAGGGUUGUAUCAAUUCUUUGCCUCAAUCUUAAACAAGCUUUGCUGUCAUGGUUUUGCAAGUCCUUUUGUUAGUAGAGAAGAAAAAUGUUAAAAUGUAAUGUUAAAAUUUAUACUUUUCUGUGAGGAUAUGCAGCACAUACCAAUCCUCUCUAAAGAAAAGAAUAGAGUGAUGGGUGAACACUUGGACAUGUGGAUACAAAAAGUUCAGAUUUGAUUUAGUAGAUAAACCAUUAUGGCCAUUUUAGGCAAUGCUAAAUUGUAUUAAAACAUCUUGGGAAAAUAAUUUUAAAUUAUGAACCAAUCCGUCAUAACAGGCUUUACAUUCAUUGUAAAUAUAACCCUUAAAUCAGCUUGUCCCCCUCAGAUCUGAUUGGGAAAUGGCACUGGUCGUUGAGAUGGUAAAUCUUGGAGGAACCACAGAAUCAAAAGCCUAUUAAAUGAAUUGCAAGCCAUCACCAGUGACAUCAGUUGCCAGCAGCCGUCAAUGACGGAGGUUAUCAGACAGCUCAGCUGGCUGCUGUAUUUGUCAGAAACUCAAAACUUGUGAAAUAACACAAAACAAGCUAAUUGACAUUGAUGUUGCUGCAGUACAAACUGACAUUCGUGUUUUCUUUCUGCGGUCCGUGAUGGUUUAUAGUUUGCACUAGGAGCUGAAGAAGUUGUUAUUCUUCAUUUGGCCUUUGGAGGACAGCACACUCCUCAACAUCACCUCAGUGUUCUCAACACAGACUAGAACACCAGAGAUGGCUUUAUUUCCUAACUUCUUUGUAGAUCUCUGCUUUUUAAAAUUUUCACCGGGAGAUACGGAGAAACAAACAGGUCUGAGAUCUGUCAAUACAGCUAACUGUUAUUAGCUCCAAGCUAAUAUCUGCUGCUCCGAGACCGACUACUUUGACCACUCUCCUCAAAGCAUAACCGUCCUUAUGGCAUGAAAAUAAUUGGUGCUAUCAAUGUUUGUUUAGUUAUUGCGUUUUGUGUAUAAUCAGUCCUCUUGGGAUAAAAUUGUGUAGAUUUGUAUUUUAUUUGUACUACAAAGAAAUUGUAGAUUAUAGAUAAAAUGAACACAAUGUUCAAUCAAUGUCCCUGUUAUUAAAUAGACAUGUAUAGUGGAGCUGAGAUAAUUGCGUAUGUAGUGGUCUUAUAUUUACAUCACCGAAUUUCAUUUGGCGAGCUCAUAGUCCUCUCAGCUUGAAAGUGUUUAAGCCCUUGUUCCUGGCUGUUGAAGCACAUUA